AGCUUCUCCGGUUGAUCCCAAUCCCAAUCCAGGCAACCUCGUUGAAUCCACUGAAUCCACUGCAUAUCCAAUCGUAUCCGCUCGUCGCUUGUUUGUGGUAGUUUGUGGAAUUCGCGGCAUGUCGAAGGUGUGGGGUGUUUUUCCUCUGUGUUGCUUUUACUGAUUUUACUGUCGCCAAGCGCACUUAAACAAAAUGUCGGUGUUAUUUAGAUCGGCGAGCAUGAUACGCUCGUGUCGAUUCUGUUUCAACCGUCACCCAGUAAUUCCACGGACUAUCCCUGCACGCAGUGUUGGCGACGAUGAACGAAAUCGGUUGUCUGACGGGUCCAUCUCCCCCGAGCUCAAAGUUUUCAACAUUUUCCGCGACGAAUUCAAGGGUUACAUGAAAUCGGCCGGUCCGGGCGUGCCGGAGCCACCGUUUCCGAAGGAGGUGGAUAUCCUCGUUAUCGGCGGCGGGAUCAUGGGCUCGUCCGUGGCCUACUGGCUCAAGCAGCGCGCUCCGGAAAGCUUCAGCCUGGCCGUGGUGGAACGAGACCUAACGUACUCAAGGUCAUCAACAGUCCUAUCUGUCGGUGGAAUACGACAACAGUUCUCGCUGCCCGAGAACAUUCAGCUGUCGCUGUUUAGCGCCCAGUUCCUUCGCAACGUCAAGAGGAACCUCAGUGUUUUAGAUUUCGAUCCUCCCGACAUUCAGUUCCAGCCGCACGGGUACCUGUUCCUCGCUUCUGAAGGAGGAGUGGAGCAAAUGACUAAGAAUUUAGCCGUUCAAGAGGAAUGUGGUGCCAAGGUGGAACUCCUGAGGCCACCAGAGUUGAAGCAGCAAUUUCCCUGGCUCAACACUGACGGAAUUGCUCUUGGGUCACACGGUCUCGAGAAUGAGGGGUGGUUCGAUCCCUGGUCCCUCCUGACUGCCUUUAGGAGAAAAGCAGUCUCCCUGGGAGCAAGGUACCUGAAUGCAGAGCUGGUCAGCUUCAAAUUUAACGAAGUCCGUAAUGCUGUGCUCGACGAGGAAGAGUACUACAGGCCUGUGAACCAUGCUAUUGUAAAGAUGCCAGACGGGGAGCUGCGUGAAAUCCAGUUUGCCAUCCUGGUGGUAGCGGGAGGACCUCAUUCGGGAGACAUUGCGAAGAUGCUGAGAAUUGGCAAUGGGUCUGGACUCUUGCAGGCAACACUGCCCGUCGAGCCACGGAAGCGUUACGUGUACGUUGUCCAUUGCCCGGACGGACCUGGCCUCAAUUUUCCUCUUGUGGUGGGGCCCGAUGGGGUGUACUGCCGCCGAGAGGGGCUGGGCGGUCACUAUGUGUGCGGCAAGUCUCCUGCUGCCGACGAAGAGCCAGACGUUGGUGAAUUGGAUGUGGACUAUUCCUUCUUCGACAAAGCAGUGUGGCCUUCACUCGCAAAUCGCAUCCAAGCUUUUGACUCCAUCAAGAUGAAGACCGCCUGGGCAGGCUUCUACGACUACAACAGCCUGGACCAGAACGGCUUUGUGGGGCGCCAUCCUUACUACAACAACGUCUACUUUGCCACGGGCUUCAGCGGUCACGGCAUCCAGAUGGCACCAGGCGUGGGGAGGGCCAUCAUGGAACUGAUCCUGGAUGGGAGCUACGUCAGCAUCAACCUCGAGCGCUUUGGCCUCGAGCGUCUCGUGCAGAGGGCACCUCUUUACGAACAGGCCAUUGUCUGAAGACAGCGGUCAACUAGUCACGCGCGCCCGGACCCAUUCACGGCAUCGUCUCCGAGCUGUGGGUCCGAUCUGUCAAAUUUGUACGUUUUUUUAGAAUGUCCAGAUGCGAUGUGGGCUCAGGCCAUAGCCUCCUAUAUAGGGAAAGAGCCUGCAAGUUCAGUGCCAGAGAAAUAGCCUGCUCGGCAGCUGUAAGAGAGGCAGGAGGACUAGAUGCAAGAUGCACAGCUCUAGUGAAAGCUUGGUGGCCAACUGCAUAACUAAACGCUUAGCGACGACACGAGGCCACAUGGCUAUUAUCGUGGGCUUCUUCGAGGCAGAGUGUUUCUCAAAACCGCCGCUCUGUUGCUGCAUUCCUGCCUGCCUUGCUCUUUCUCUCCCUCCCAGACUUUGCAGCUGGUUGUGGAACUGAGUUCACAGGCUUUGCCCCUGUAUGGGAGGCCAUGCCCAGCCACGAGGGCUGUUUACCUUCUGGUCAUGCUAUGGGCUGGAUCACAAUCUUUGACCCUCUAGCGGCUUGGAGCCAAGGCAUGUAUAGGUUGAGGCCGUAAUGACCGCCAUGUUUGGCAAGCCUCGCAAAAUUGGAAUUCUAAUUGUAUGUACCCAAAAUUGAGCAUGCGAGCAUUGUUUCUCAAGAAGUUUUGCCUAUUUUUUUUUCUUUUCUUGGGGCUUAACUUUGAGGUGGUGAUAUAUUUAAAAUGGUGAUAAAACGGCGGCCGUGCAUUUUCCGUGUCCCAUACCGGAUGUUCGUCGUCUGCACACUGGUUCGUGAGCUUGCUCCCAGGUGUCGACAUUCACAUAUUUUGCUAAAACGAUUACUCAUCGCGAUCAUUUUACUCGUCGCCGGCCCCUACUAGUUGUUCUCAGCGUUUUUGAAUUCAACGAGCCACCUGGUAGCAAGCACACGACGAACAGGCUGGUAUAGGACAUAGGAAACGCACGGCCACCGUUUUCGCUUUAUUUUUAAUAUUUCACCUCCCUCCAAGUUGAGCUCUAAAAAGAACAGACGUAAAACUUAUUGCAAAACGACAUUCGCGUGCCCGAUUUCAGGCAUUUUGAAUUCUAAUCUUGCGAGGCGUGCCAAAUGUGCCGAUCCCAACGGCCUCACCCUGUAGAUUGCCAUGAGAAACCCUCAUUUUUUGCGGUCCCAAUUUUAUCGUCAGUUGGACACACCAAAGGCAAUUGAAGCCUUUUCUGCCACAUGUUUUUUUUUUGUCUACAAAAAAACUCAGAAAGCUGAAAUUUUUUUUUUUUUUUUUUAUAAGAUUUUUUGGAUUAUAGUCACCAACAGAGUGAGAAGGCCAGGUGAGAAACACCCAGCCUCCAGUAUGCGUUCGAGGUGUACGAAAUGCCGAAGCAUUGUCGAAGGUAGUAGGAAUAUCACACUGGAGGCAGAACGGCCAAAGCCCCUCCCUGCCAAACUCACCUUGUCCGCGACUAUAGUAGUAAUGCUUUUGUUUUGUUGUUUAUUUGUCAGAAGGUCCUUAAGUAACCCUAGCUUGCAAUACUUUCCUCUAUAGCUGCUGUGCAUUUAUAUAAAAAAAAAUAAUUAGAGCCUCGUGAAAAACACAAAAAGGUGCUAUAGUCAUUUAGCCCUUCGAAAUGUGCUCAGCCACUUUUAGGGUGACCACCUUCCUGCUAGCGAAAUGUGGGACACGCAGGGCAGGGGAAGGGGGGGGGGGGGUAGGGGAAAUUUAUGAACACGCACACCACAAACCGAGGCUCUGUUAACACAUUUAAUACCCUGUGCCGUUUAUAUACCUGAAAGUUGUGUAGCAGCUUCUAAGCUAAAAUAGUUUUCACUACCAGCGAUAGAUUUUGUGUAUACCAAAUAUUUUCUUAAAUGUGUCAAGUUGAAGGCAUAAAAGUCAACUGCAGUAGAACUCAAUUUAUCAAAUGAAGUUAAGAAACAGUAAAUCUUUUUCGGGUUAUUGUUUCCUGUGAACGCUUACUUUUAUCAACAUGGUCUUACACAUUUUUUCACAUUACAUUCUUUUUUGACCGUUGUGAGUUGCAGGCUUCUUGACUUCACUAACCGUCUUCACUAAAAAAAAAAAAAAAAAUCCACAUAUUACACAUUUUUACGAAUAUAAUUACAAUAAUUUAUAUUUAAACUUUUUGCUUACAAUAUAUUGCCACCAAGGGGAGAGCCACAAUGGCGCAUGCGCGUCGGUUCUUCUGCAAGAACGACCGUCGCUUCCUGUUAUACUUGGAUAGAAAAUGGCGUACCAUUGUGAUUCACAUGAUUGCCAGCGACCUCCACGCUUCCCCUUGCCCCGUUGUUCUUGCAGCACCAUGACAGUGGUGCUGCCGAACGACAGCACCUCUGGCGUUCGGCAGUGGUGCGGGACAUUUUGAAGAUUUGGGAAUUUCUCGCGGGACGCAGGACACGAGCCCUCAAUCCGGGACAGUCCCUCGAGUCGCGGGACGGGUGGUCACCCUAGCCACUCUGCAUACCAAACGGACAUUUGCAAGCUUGCGGGUACAGCUUCGUAACGGCAAAAAAAAUUCUGAAACCAUCUCCCCGGCAAGUAGCAUCAUCCACGGUGCUGAAAAGAAUGCCAGCAACUGGAGGCGAAACCGGUUGACUUACGACAGAGGCGACGGCGAGCAAGACUGCGCUACUCUCUCUCUUUCUUUGAAGUUGCUUUGUGUGUGGCCUUUUUGGGGUUUCUGCAAAAGGUCUAUUGCCAAUACGUAAAUCUUUUCUUGUAGCACGAUGGUAAAAGCAGUGGUUUUACUCUGUACAAAAGAAGUUAGUAUUACCGACGGGAGUGCAUAUCACAUGUUGGCUGCUCAAGUUUUGAGUAGACGCGAGGGUUUGUCGAUCCGGUGAACUUUUGGCAGCUAUAGAGGAACCGUACAUUACUAUACAUUCCUGAAUUUGGGCCAAGCUGAAAUCUUGGAAUGUGUCAUAAUUAUGGCUAAAUAUUGCAAACCAUAAAAUAUGUAGGCCUGUGGGGGAUUCUAUAGAAUGACUUAGUAUCAUUUUUUAGGGGAAACAUAGGUUCACUGUGUUGUUGCAACUACCUUGCAUUUACAAAAAAAAAAAAGUUUUUUUAGGAAUAGCUUUUCAGCAAAGUGCAGAUAUUCUUAAAGUACAAAUUUAACGCUGGGGUCACGGGUGAGAAGAGGCUAAAGCUUGAUCUUGGUGAAGCACAUUUUUGUGACAGCAACUAUUAUUUGCGUGACCAAACGCUCUUCCAAUUCCUGACUGAUUAACAAAACCAGGUGGCUUACAGUUUUUACAUAUCUAUUUCAAGGUGAG